AAAUUUUUGGAUUGGCAACAGUUAUUUAUAAAAUCCAAUCGAACAGAUCAAAACAAACUUUUUGUUUAUUUACUUCAUUGAAUUAAAUUUACAAAAAGUAGCGAUAUGGCUACAGGCACUCGUGCGCUUGUGAAUAAUUUAAUCUGCAGAGGACAAUUUAACUACAAUCCUGUAUGCAGUUUAGUGAGAUGGAAUUCUACUACUACUGCACCACCAACACCAACUAAAACAAAGUUUGGACCACUGAAAGAUGAAGACAGAAUUUUCACAAAUUUGUAUGGGCGCCAUGAUUGGAAACUCAAAGGUGCUCUUUCACGGGGUGAUUGGUACAAAACAAAAGAAAUUUUGAUCAAGGGUGUUGACUGGAUCAUAAAAGAAAUUAAAGAUUCAGGCUUACGAGGUCGAGGAGGGGCUGGCUUCCCUACUGGAAUGAAGUGGAGUUUUAUGAAUAAACCAGAUGAUGGGAGACCCAAAUAUCUUGUUGUGAAUGCGGAUGAAGGUGAACCUGGAACUUGUAAAGAUAGAGAAAUCAUGAGACAUGAUCCUCAUAAGUUGGUUGAAGGUUGUUUGGUUGCUGGUCGAGCUAUGGGUGCCAGAGCUGCUUAUAUCUACAUUAGGGGAGAAUUCUAUAAUGAAGCGUCUAACAUGCAAGUAGCUAUUAAAGAAGCUUAUGAAGCUGGUCUACUCGGAAAAAAUGCAUGUGGCUCAGGCUAUGAUUUUGAUGUCUUUGUUCACCGAGGUGCAGGUGCUUACAUUUGUGGAGAAGAAACUGCUUUGAUAGAAUCUAUUGAAGGGAAGCAAGGAAAGCCUCGAUUGAAGCCUCCAUUUCCUGCCGAUAUUGGUGUAUUUGGAUGUCCGACUACUGUAUCUAAUGUAGAGACUGUCGCUGUGGCUCCUACAAUUUGUAGGCGCGGCGGUGCAUGGUUUGCUUCAUUUGGCAGGCCAAGGAAUUCAGGCACUAAACUUUUUAACAUUUCUGGCCACGUGAAUAAUCCGUGCACGGUUGAAGAAGAGAUGUCCAUUCCAUUGAAGGAGCUGAUUGAAAAGCACGCCGGCGGUGUUCUUGGCGGAUGGGAUAAUUUAUUAGGUGUUAUUCCUGGAGGAUCAUCAACACCUGUCAUACCUAAAAAAGUAUGUGAAGACGUCUUGAUGGACUUUGAUGGUUUAGUAGCUGCACAAACAGCUCUGGGUACAGCUGCUGUAAUUGUGAUGAAUAAACAAACAGAUAUAAUUAAAGCUAUCGCUAGAUUGAUAGAAUUUUAUAAGCAUGAAAGUUGUGGACAGUGCACACCUUGCCGUGAAGGAGUAGGUUGGAUGUAUAAAAUAAUGAACAGAUUUGUUGAGGGCAGUGCUAAGCCUGAAGAAAUCAACAUGUUAUAUGAAAUAAGCAAGCAAAUUGAAGGUCAUACUAUUUGUGCUCUUGGAGAUGGAGCUGCUUGGCCUGUUCAGGGACUUAUUCGUCACUUCAGGCCUCUUAUUGAAGAAAGAAUGCAGGACUAUGCCGAUUCCAAUAAAUCUGCAAAAGCAGCCAUAUAAAAUGUUGUACAGACUUUCUCAUGUAUAGAAUUUCAAGAUACAGUAGUGAUAUGUUUCAAAUAUUUUAAAUUAUUAAAGGUUAUAAAAACUAAAUAAAAUGGUAUAAAAUGUGUCA